AUCUGGUCGCAACACAAAGGAGAAUGUCGUCAGUGCCUUCGUCUGCCGGUCGGAUUUGAACCAAAGCGAUUAGGCAUGCACGAACGACACGUUGACUUAUCGGAUGCUGACCUGGCCUCCAAGGCGCCAUCCACUGCUGCAAAAAUGAAGGAAGAAAUGCCAACUAGCCAACUACCAUCCGCUGAAGAGAUGCAUUAA